AGAAACGUCCUCCCAGCCCACCUGAGCCUUCUGGCCCGUCUUAAUGGAGGGAACGCGAAGCUUUCUGCCGAAACAGUGGGGUUUGGGCGCUUGUCCACGGCCGCCGCCAACAACGAGUUCCUGACCUCCGCCGUCUCUUCCCCGCUCCCUCGCGCUCGCAGUCGCAGCUCCGGCCGCCCUAUUUUGCGGAAUUCGGUAGAUUUGUUUCCUUCAUGGGUCGCACCAUCAAGAAGGCCAGGAAAGCGAAACCCAAGAAGUCUAAGAAGAAAACUGAAGCGUCUUCAUCGUCCAAUCAUGCGGUUGCCUCUGGUCCGGCUAAGGUCUGGCAACCGGGUGUAGAUGCACUGGAAGAUGGGGAGGAGCUUCAGUUUGAUCCUGAGGCUUAUAAUUAUCUCCGAGGUUUUGGCAUUGGCUGGUCUUGCUUGAGUUUUGAUGUUGUGCGCGAUCAACUUAGACUCGUCCGAUCAGAGUUCCCUCAUACAUUAUAUGGUGUUGCUGGGACGCAGGCGGAGAAAGCUUCAUUGAAUUAUAUCGGUGUUUUCAAGCUUUCUAACAUAAAUGGGAAAAAGCGGGAACCUAUACCAGCUUCAGCAGUUGAUGGUGACACUGAUGUGGAUAGUGACAGCAGCAGUGAUGAAGAAGAUGAAGAAAUUAACGAGGAUACAAAGCCCAUCCUACAUCUAAAAAAGGUGGCUCAUGCGGGGUGUGUAAAUCGGAUACGCUCAAUGACUCAAAAGCCACAUAUAUGUGCUACUUGGGGAGAUACUGGUCAUGUUCAGGUGUGGGACUUGAGCUCCUUCCUUAAUUCUUUAGCAGAGUCAGGGGCAUCUGCACCCAAAGAAGACGAUAUAAUCCACAAACACUUACCCAUGAAAGUUUUUAGUGGCCAUAAAGAUGAGGGAUAUGCCAUUGAUUGGAGUCCACUUGUUACUGGAAGACUUGUUUCUGGUGACUGCAAUAAGUGCAUUCACCUAUGGGAACCGACUUCAAAUAACUGGAACGUAGAUGCAAACCCAUUUGUUGGACACACUGCUAGUGUUGAAGAUCUACAGUGGAGUCCCACGGAAGCCGACAUAUUUGCCUCGUGUUCUGUGGAUGGUACGAUAUCAAUAUGGGAUGUACGUACAGGGAAGAAACCUUCUAUUUCUGUCAAAGCUCAUAAAGCAGAUGUGAAUGUUAUCUCAUGGAACAGGCUUGCUAGCUGCAUGAUAGCUUCUGGGUGCGACGAUGGCAGUUUCUCAGUUCAUGAUCUUAGAUCAAUUCAGGACUCGUUGGUAGCACAUUUUGAGUACCACAAGAAAGCAAUUACAUCCAUCGAGUGGAGCCCACACGAAGCAUCAUCAUUAGCUGUAACAUCUGAAGACCACCAGCUCACAAUCUGGGACCUUUCAUUGGAACGGGACACCGAGGAGGAGGCUGAGUUCAGAGCGAAGAUGAAAGAGCAGGCAAACGCCCCUGACGAUUUGCCGCCUCAGCUUCUCUUUGCUCAUCAGGGUCAGAGAGACUUGAAAGAAGUGCACUGGCACCCACAGAUACCGUCGAUGAUCAUAUCGACGGCAAUCGACGGCUUCAACGUGUUGAUGCCUAGCAACAUCGAUACAACCAUUCCUGGCAGCACAGAUACAGCAAUGCCGCCUGCUGAGCCAUAGGUUAGGUGUUUCUGGUAGCUCAUGAUUCCAGGUUCAUGCGGUGGUGAGUGUAGUUGCCAUUUGUCAUGUGUCGACAGUGCUAUGCUGUCGUGUUGGAGCAUGAUGGGAAAAUUUUGAUUGGCUGGCGUUCUAUGAUAAUAUGAUUAGGAUUUAAUAUGUGCAUGCUUUUUUUAGUUUUACCAGCAUCUUUGAUGGUUGUGGGCCCCAUCAUAUGUCAAAUUAUCAACCGAUGUUUUCGUUGCAUUUAAGCAUUUAA